CGGUUUUGUUUGCCUCUCUUUUGGUUGAGGAUUAACGAGUAAAGAUUUAAUUUAAUUUACCCAUUGAACGAUGUGUAUUUAUUUAAAUUGUCUAGUCAAUUUAACAUCUUUUUGCUUCCUUUUUCAGUAAUUUUUCGCUUUCAGAUGUUGAACUUUCCUGUUUCAAACAGUCAUGUCUUUGUAUCGUUGUGUUAAUAAAUUUUGUGAAGAAAAUCUCGACUACAACCCCGGUGUUGCAAAUGAAGUAAUCUUAAAUGAUAGAGAAAAAGAAAUCCCUUUCAAUGCUAGAAUUCUACUCACCUGUGGACACUCUAUCUGUGAAAAAUGUAUCUAUGGUAUUGCUGUCAAGAAUCAAAAUUUUUACAAAUGUGAUGAUUGUGGUAAAACAACAAGCUUCUCCCAGCGAACCAUUGAUAAAGUUAGAAAUAAUAAGCCAAAAUUGAAUCCUAUUGUUCGUUGGAAUGAAGAUGGAGCAGAUGAUCUCAACUAUGAAGCAUUUUCAAUUGGUGCUGCCUUUAAUUCAGGACGAAUCUCGGUUUCAUCUACUCCUGUCGUUGAUCUUGAUGAAUUGGGACAGGCGGAAAUACCUACCAUUUCAGUACAUUCAUAUCGAGAUGAGCCCGAAGUCACUUCUAUUCCUGCCAAAAUCUCUAAUGCUCCAGAUAAUUUCAAAGCAAUUAUUAACGAUGCUGUUUCCAUGUAUCGUCUGUGUGGUAAAUCUUUAAAGCAUUUGUUUGACGCAAAGGCUGCUGUUAAUAAGAAGUAUGUCUCAACGAAAGAAGCUAUUAGAAAAAGAUUUCAUAUAUUGCAUGGCUUAUUACAGCUUCAAGAAGCCAAUCUUGUUAAAGAACUUAAAAAGUCUAAAAAUAAUAAUAUCAAAACAUUGGCAGCCAAGGAGAAAGAAGUCGAUGGAGUACGUAGUCAUCUCAAAAACCAAAUUUUACGAUCCCCUCAAUUCGCCUUCAUUCAAUCGGGUAAUCCGGUGAAACAUGAAAUCGCUUCUAUUCGCCCUAAACGACUCAAAAUUGAAAGAGUUGACGAGAUUCCAGAUUAUUUGUCUAGUUUGAAUAAGCCGCAUGAUGAAAUACGAGAGACCAUCGUAAAGUUAACUGACUUUAGUAAAGCUGUUAAUUUUGAAGUGAAGAUUGCAUUUGCUCCUCUUAUAUCUACUCCAGGGGCUUAUAAUACUCCUAAUACACCUAAUACUCCUGCUGUACAUGAACUCAACAUAUCGAGAAAGUCUGCUCAAACGUCAAUAAUGCAUAUACCUUUUAUAAAACAACAACUUGCUACUAUCCAUGAUGUAAAAGAUUCUGGAUACUUUGACGCUCAUUUGCCAAUAGAUAAAUCGGCUUCUUCAUCCCUUAACAAAGCAAUUAACAGCCGAAUUUCCGUUUUCCUCCAUCCACCAAUCAGUUCAAAAAUCAAACCACAAAGCUCUUAUAUUGUCUGGCAUGAUCAAAAAAAAGAAUGGGUUCGUGCAAAGCUAACGCGUUUGGAAGAAUGUCCAGACAAAUCUGAAAAAGAAAACUUUUGUCUAUUGCCACACAGUUUUAAGCCAAAAAGAGCUGCGGUUUUGUUGACUGAUUAUAAUAAUGAGAUUUAUAAAACACGUCUAGAAAAUCUGCGUGAAUCUACUGCUGAAUUAAGUGACAUUAAUAUUUAUCCAAGGCUGCUCAAAGUUUGGAAAUGUCGCUUACAAAAUGUCCAAGCUGACUCCUCUGCUUUCAGAAAGUACGUUCUUCAAUUUUGCCCAAACAAUAUCACAGUUAAAUUAUUGAUACUAUCUGAACCAAAUAGUGAAACUUAUACUUACGAUGUGGAUGUAGUUCAUAAUAUCAGUGAACCCUGUAGUCACCAGCCUACCUUGAUUGAGUAUUUAAUUUAUGCAAAUGUUGCUAAACUGAGAGACGGAAGAGCAUUCCCUUACAGAGAUCCACAUCUUCUCAAAAAUUUCAAAGAACCACCGGGUUUCAGCCCUGGUCCUGCUCAUUCCGUUGAUGUUACGUACAUAAAAACCCCAAAUCACUUUUAUGUCAAUAGUGCUCGAGAAAGACAAGAAAUUGAUAAUUUAGAGGCAAAACUGGCUGAUAAAUAUAAAGAUCCAAUAUUGAGUGUCGCAUAUCGUCUAUAUUACCCCAGAGUUGGCUUUCCAUGUGCGGCUCGUUGUGCAUUGUUUUUUGAUAAAAACAAAAAGGAGAAAACGUUUCGUCGUGGCUCUAUAACAAGUAUUGAAAAGAAAAGCGAUGGUUCAGCUGAAAGAAUUGUCUUUUAUGCUGUUGAUUAUGGAGAGCAUGUUAACGUUACCUUUUCAGACCUUCGAAUUAUUCCAGAAUCAUUUGUGAAAUUUCCUAUACAAGCAUUUAAAUGUUCUCUCGCCAAUAUUCAGCCUAAGGUCGGAUCAUGGGGUGCAAAUGCAAUCAAAGAAUUUCAAAGUUAUUUCCAAGCAGUAAAUAUACUGACCAGUAUUAUCGUGGUAGAUAAAUCUGCUGAAAUGCAUAAUGUAAUUCUGACGAUACACAAUUUUCAUGGUGACGAAGAUGGUAUUAUAAAUGAUAUUCUCAUUAAAAAUGGAUUCGCUGUAAAGCCGACUCCUGUUCUACGCACUAACAAUGAUGCAAACAACACUAAUCCUUUAGCUAGUCGAUCUUCACCAAAUCGAGUAAAUAAGUACAAUUUCAGUUGUUAUAAUUUACUUCGUGAAAUGGUGAGCAAAUUCAAAAGAUAUCAUCUUACUACAAUUGACUCAUUGAUUCAAGUGAGAGUUACCAGUUUCAACUCGCCUGGAUCUUUCUUUAUCCAAAUUAAUUCUCCUGAAGUACGUACUGACAUUGGAAAUUUCAUGAAACGUUUAGAUGAAGAAUACUCAGGAGUUGACGUUACUACUCCAAAUUCAUCAGCUUAUCAAGGUUUUCCAGUUGGCGAAGUAUGCAUGUAUCUAUACAGACCAAAACACUUACAUUCAGCUAUAUGGAGGCGAGGAUUAGUACAAGAGUUUAUUGGCGGAGGGUUACAACAAUCUUCAUCAGACCCAAGGGCAAAAAACCAAGUUACUGGAGAUUCAAAAUACAAGUUAAGAGAUCGAGAUUUCGGGAUUGAUGUUGAAAUUCAACGAAAAUAUAUGCGUUGUAUUCCUCCUUCACACCAUUUACGCAGAGACGGUGAAAAAUGUAUUGAAUGUUUCAUCGCUGGUAUAAAACCUGCUGAUAACACUUGGUCAUCUCGAGCAAUUGAACACUGCAAAGAGAUUUUAGCUAAACCAACCAUCGAAUUAUUCAUCAAAAUAGAAGAUAUUUUAGAUGAAAAUCAGCCUCAAAAGAUACCUGUUGAUUUAAUUUUUAAAACUCACGAAGCGCCUUCUAUUUUUGAACCAGCUGAAGAUCACUAUUUUUCUUUAAGAUAUGAACUUAUCGAAUGCAAUUUUGCUCGAAUGCUCAGUGAUGAAUUACAGUACGACAAAGAAAUUGAGGCUGAUGAUGAUUCCAAAUAUAUCGAUAGAAAAAUGCCGCAACAUUUUUCAGACGAUUCAUCAAUAAGUACUCUUAAAUUAGGGUAUUAUAGUGACGAUCAGGCGACUGAAGCAAUUAAAUAUAUGGAAGCUGAAAAACCCGCCUCAGCAGACUUUAGUGCUAUUUGUACUUCUGUCGAUGAGGGGCCUGCCAUUUGGUUUACAAUCAAAAGUGAUUCACCUAAGGAUCCGAACAUUGGUACAAUAAAUAAGGUCAUACUACGUGCUUUGAUUCAAAAAGAAAAAUUUGAAACUUUCAAAGGAAAUGCUGAUAUUGGACGAGCCUGCAUUGUUUAUAAUGAUAAUAGAUGGUGGAGAGGAACAAUACAGGAAAAUAUUGGGAAUAAAAUAAAUGUUUUAUAUAUAGAUACAGGAGCUAAAAGAGAUCAUUUCAUUGAAGAUCUGAGCUCUGAAAUUUUCUGUGAAGGGAUUCCUGGUUUGGCCUUGUUCGGUAAAUUGUACAAAUGUGUAACUUUCUCCAAAAGACCACGAGGUGCUCAAUUAUUAAAAAGUUAUCUUAAUGAACAUGUUUCUGGUAAAGUUAUCAGAGUUCAUUGGGAGAAUUUCAAAUCUGAUCGUGAUAUGCUAAUAUCAGUUGAACUGGAAGAAGAAAAUAGUGAUUUAAAAAGCCAAUUACUUGCUUACGAUCUCAUAGAAGAAACAGAAGAAGUGCUGGAGGAUCAUCCUCAUUAUAUUCAAACAUCUCUCAAGUUGAUGGAAAAGAGUCAAUACAGUUUUCCUAGUUAUGAGUUUUCGCCGGAUAUAUUUUAUCCUGUGAUUAUAGGUGAUUUGGCCGUUGAAAAUUAUUUAUGCUUACAGUUAACAUGGUUUACAAAUGUCGAUUCUGCUGAAAAAGAGGAUAUCAAUGAUCUUUGUAACAAAUUUGUACAAGAUGAAGAUCGUAUCAAAGCGGAAUAUCGGGGUUUCCAAAAAGCUGUUGAUUUUCCCGUUGGUUCCUCGUGCUGUGCUCUUUGGAAUGGUGAAUGGUUUAGAGGAAUUGUUAGUGACGUAGUUGAGACUCGAGCGCAAUACAAAGUUUUUUUCGUCGAUUGGGGAAACUCUGAUAUAAUUAAAUUACAAGACAUGAGAAUAAUACCAGAUGAUCUUUCACUCAGAGGUCGUCCUAUUUUUGGUUUCUUUGUGCGCCUAUCAAACAUCAGACCUGCUAGAAAUGGUAUCUGGACAAAGCGAUUAUUUGAUAUGAUGAAAAGGGCAGUGGAGGAUUCUGCUGGUUCCAGUUACGUGAUUAAAGUUAAAUCUAUGCGAAUGCCGUUUGAUGUAGAAUUAUGGAUUGCAGAUGAUGAUCAAAGGCCUGUUGAACUUCUCUUCCAGAAUCUAAUAGAAGAUGGGCAUUUGGAAACCUGUUGAAGAAAAAAUGAAUUUCAAGAAAAUUUAUUCAUAAAACUAAUGAAUUUAUUUUCUCUGCCAUUUUUUCAUUUCUUUUUAAUGUUGUUUAAAAUAGUCAUUUAUAUUCUCGCCAUUUUAUACUUGAGUAUUAAUCAUUCCAUUAAUAAAAGUCAAUCAUUCAUAACAUUGAUUUUUUCAAUA